AUCCUAAUUAGUAUCACACUUGUACUUAAGUAUCAAAUACAUCAUUAAGCAACGAAUAAAUAGCUUUGUUUAAUCAAAUUAUCUAACCGAAUAGUAAAAGAUUCUCUGUCUAACUGAAUUCAUUGAUUUAUAUAAAUCUGUUAAAAUUGUGUAAAUAGUUGUCCGUGGAAUAGAUUAUAUAAAAAGUUAUGGAAUAUAAUAAAUCUUUCUAUCUCUUAUGCUAUUACAAAUAAAGAAAGGUAUCGCUCGAAUAGUAGUAGUAGUAGUAGAGCAAAGGAAAUUAUCAUUCUGAAAUUCAUUUAAGAAUUAUUACUGAUUUUCUACACAUGUCGACUGGUGGUUAUCAUCAUGCAAUAAUUUUAUCACCUGCUUUCUAUGCAAGACAAUGUUAUUCAGAUAAUAUCAGUAAUGAUUCAUCAUAUUGGAAACAUGAAGAUGCUGCUAGACAUUUAUCAAAUCAUGUUAUGAAUAAAUAUCCUAAUUUAAAUGUUUUAUGUUUAAAUAAUUCAACUUAUAUGAAAAAUGAUCUCUGGUCAGAUUCAACACGAAUUAAUGCUUGUUUAUUUUCUCAAGCUAGUCGUAUUGUUUUAUUUAUACCGGAUGAUGCAGCUGAACAUAUUACUUAUUUCAGUCGACAUUGUUUACAUCCAUUACUAUGCAGAUCACGUGAUCAAGGUGGGCGACCAGAAUGGCAUUCACGUUUUAUUGCUGUUGCUAUAGGAAGUGUACAAGUGCCAAAUCAAUUAAAUCCAGAUGUACCAUUUAUAAAUGUGAUACGUUUUCGUGAAAUAGGAUGGUUUCGAGAUAUUAUGGGAAUGAUGUUGUUGGAAAAAGCAAUUAAAGAUUUUUGGGUUCCACCUGAAAUGAAAGAAUUAACAUUGCAACAAUCAAAUUUAAAACAAUCAAAUAUGAUCUCCAUUAAAUAUAGUUUAAAUGAAAUAGUUGAAACAACAUCGUUGGUUGAUAUAACUACACAUGUUAUUGGUAAAAUGGAUUUAGAUGAAAUCCAGAAACAUGCACAUUCACAAUCGAAAUCUUAUGUUACACAAUCAAUCAAUGGUAUUUCACAUAAUGAAAAUAAAAUAAAUAAUUCUAGAAAUCAUAAUCAUUCAUCAAGAUUAGAAGAACAUAUUUUACGAUCAAAUCGUCGUCAUAUUAAACCUGAAUUUGAAGCCGAACAAUUACAAGAGAAUAUUUUAGAAGCACGUUUAAGUAGUACAAUUGGUCAAGUAGUACCAGUUAAUAUUAAAAACGAAUUAUUGAAUGUUAAUUCAUCUGUUGAUAUGAAUGAACAUGAUAAACAAUCUAUCAAAACUAAUAUUCAAACAAAAACUUCUACAGAAUCACCUGAAUUAAAUAUCAACGAAUUAAGUUCAUCACUAGAUAUUAACAAUACUUCAAUGUCUACAUCUAAAACACAUAAUAAUAUUCAGUCAAAUGAAAAUUCUAUCACAACAACUACAACUAACCUCUCUGAUGAUAAUCUCCCAGUAUUACAAUAUUCAAGCUCAUUAAUUUCUUCCGCUGUUACAAAUAUUUCAUCUUAUCAUACACCUAUAGUGUCAAAUUUAAAAACAGCUUCCAUUCCAAUUGUAGAAACAAUAGAUGACAAGUUAAAACAAAGUUUAGAUUAUGAAGAUAUACCUAUGAUAGAUGAAGAUGUAACAUAUGAAAUAAAACAAACGAUAACGGAACCAAAAUCAAUAUCAAUUAAGAAAGAUGAUAAUACAAUACUGACAAUAGCUACGACUUCACCAACAACAUCAGAAACAAUUCCAAUGACAACAAUUUUAUCAACACCAUUAGUGGUUACAUCAUCAACAUCUGGUAAAUCAAAUAAUGAAAUUCGUACAAAAAUGCAUAAAAUAACUCGUGAAGAAACUAUUACAUCUCAUACAGAAACAAUUACAACUACAUUAAAUAGCAUAAAUCGAAUUAUUGGUAAGAAUUCAACACUUACCACUGACACUAAAGUUAAACGAUCAAAUUGUACUAAUCAUGAUGGUAUAAAUGAUUUAACACAACAAAAAGAAAAUAAAACUAACAAUAUAUCAUCUCAAUCGUCUACAAUUCCAGUACAAUCUGAAGAGAAUGAAAGACAAAAAACUCGUUGUAGUUCAACAUCACCAUCAAAAAAACCAAUACGUAUCAUACCAGUAAGUCGUACAAAAUCAGUCGAACCAAAACUGAAAGAAUCUGUAGAUGUUAAUAAGCCUACUGAUGGUUACGUUAAAACAAUCAAUAUUUCUACAGCGCCAGAAGAAUUAAAUCGAACUAGUACUACGCCUAGAUCGAAUUCAACUUCUCGUAUUACGGUAAGAAAAUGUCUACGAAGUGCUGUUGGUAAGUUAUUACUUUACUGACUAAAUGAAAUUAUAAAGAACAACUGAAUGGGAGAAGUGGGGAACAAAUUAAUUCUUUUACAAAAUCGGUAAAACACAAUUGUAAUCAAGUAUACUACUCAUCAAUUAAUUUCAUUAUGAAACAUCAAUCAAUGGUGUAUUAAACAUGAAGUUCUUUUUCUUGUUGUUGUUUGUAAUAUAUUCCUCAUCUUUCACGAAUCUGUUAUUCCUGGUGAUUUGAAUAUCUCUUUGUGUAUUGCUCUUUUUUUCCCAGAAAGGUGAUCAAUAAUAUGUGUAAACUUAUUAGAUUCAUCUUAGAAGACUGGUUUACAGAGUAUGUUAAAAAUGAUAAAAAAUAAUUUUAAGAUUAAUCAAUAAUCAUAUAAACAAGUGUAUAUUAAAUAUUUGGGGUAUGUUUUUGUAUCCUGGCUAAUAAUAUUGUUUAGUUAUGCAAAACGAAGUUGUUAAUAUUUAGAUUUAGAUCAUAGUGAUUGAAUAUCUAGUGAUAUGACUUCAAAUAGACAUCUCAGUUAAUUUAUACCCAAUGUUAGAUCUAAAGUAUUGUGAAUUGAAGGAGAAUAAUGACCUUUCAAGUUGAUUCUCAUUUUACAAAAAAAAACCAUUCAUAAUAAACUGACUUUUGGAUAUUAAGUAAUUAUGAGUAGUAUAUCUCAUUGAUGAAAGUUUGUAAUAUGUAAAUAUAAUAUAACUAAUAUAUAUUACUGACAAAUAGAAAUGAGUGAAUACACUCAUUUCUAUCAUCUUCCUUUUUUUCAAAGAUAAAUAUAAAUAAAUCUCUUAAUAAAGAUCAAUUUAUAAAAUUAUUACACUCUUUUGUAGUAAAUAAGAAUCUAAUAUUGAUAGUUUAGUGACCCGAGAUUGAUAUAUACAUAUCAUCAAACCUCGUAUAUAAUUAUCAACUUAGAUCACAUUAGUGAAUAACGGAAUUAAAUAAGCCAAAUACGAAGAUGGAUCUUCGAAUACAUAUAUUUUGUACACUGAUUGAUCUAGGCAGGCAAUCAGAGGGACGAAGCGAAGGAAGCGAAACAACGCGCAGUGGAGAAGCCAUGUGAGACAACUAUAUAUUUAUAGUCGAACAAAAAUAAGUUACAGACAUAUGAUGAAUAGGAUAAGAAAUGUACACACACAUAUGCGCUCACACGAAAACAAUCAAGCUUAUUAAGUGAAUAAUUAACAAGGUCAAAAUGUGACUCAAGAAGGAUGUAUAAAUUGGCCUGUCUAGAAGUUAGAAUAAGGUAUAUGGGUUUAACAUGGUAACUGACACUACCAUAGUAACAGGCAUUGAACUGUUAAAUGAACUCUACAAUAAAUACUUAUAACAGAUAAAUCUUAGACAUUUACAGGAAAUUUCAAUGACACAUAUGAACUAUUUUUCUUUUGGAUAAAAUCUCAUUGAAAAUCUAGUAAUUUUUCACAUGUUUAUCUGACAUAUGAAAACUAUUCUGAUCCGGUUAAAAACAAAAAGAACAGUCCAUAAAAAUAGACAGUAUUACCGGAUAUCAAGUUUUUUCAUAUUAAAAGACUAAUAUUUGAACGAAGAAUAUUCUCUUCAGGUUCUACCAUUCGUAUUUCCAAAUUAAUAAUCCAAAAAAUAACCAGGUUAAGGGCAAAGUACAUCGUUUAAAGUUAACUCAUGUGAAUUUAGGAUUGUCAAAAAGCAUACUUAUUCACUUGGUAUUGUUUUACUUGAAUCUUCACAUUGAUGUUUAGGACUGAAAUUGAUCAGUCUCUUAUUGGCAUAUGUGUAUACUGUGCGUGUUGCAUCGAUAUUGCCUCCAUCUUUGCUUAUAAAAGAGAAUACUAUUGUAAUUGUUGAUAUGAUUCAUAUAGAAUGUUAACUUGAAUGUUAAGUGAAAAUUUAAGAUCCAUGAUCAGAAUAAAUAUGGGUCAGAUAGGGUGAGAGAAAUAAUAGUGCAAUUACAACUCGGUCAGAUGUUUAGUGGAAGGCUAUAUUGUGUAAAAAAUUAGUAAGGCAUAAUAUGGUGGGAUGAAUGCGAAGUAAAUAAAUCAUGUAUUGCAGAGAUUAGAAAUGAUGUUCAACCAAUAGUAAUGAUAAUAAUAAUAAUAAUAA